AUGUGUUUGUCAAUCUUUUUUUUCCCUUUGUCUUACACAUAAAUAAAAUGAAAUGUGUUAAUAUUGAUAUACUGGACAUGGCUGUAAUUCGACAGAUGUUUGACAUGACUGUGCAGGAUUACAAUAGAAUAUUACAUCAUGCUUUCAUUCUCCCCUCUUUGGAAAUGUCAACAAUAAACUGUGAAUUAGUGUGAAUCUCUGAAUCUCUCUAACCUCAAAAUCAAAGUAAAUGCCAUUUCAUCAUCAGUGUUGUUGUGAAUUCCAGUUUCACUAUUCAGCAGUACUGUAGGGGAAAAAGAGGAAAUUACACAACCUUGACUGUGCUCUUUCAAUGCACAGUCAGGUGUCAGCAUCACUGUAUCGUAAGGGAAAUCCCUGCGUCAGCCUGGGUAUAAAAUACUUAAGGAUGUCUGAGUUCAGUCAGUUACAACAAAGAAUCGGAAUCAACAGUCUUAUUCAAGAUGCCACUCAUCAAGCUCUGUGAGUGUGAUAUCCACUGACUGAACAAUGUUGUGUCUUUGAAAGAAAAUAGUUGAGACUUUAGAUUUACAUGUGGGACUCUAUUUUCUCUUUUUCUUGCCAGACUUUACUCCUGCACUGCUGCUUCUAGUGCUCAGCUGUCCUGUGUGGCAGGUCAGCCAGUCUCUGCCAGUGAAAGGACCGAUGACGGACUCCUGUGUUAUCUACGCAAGAACACUUCUAGAGAACAUCACCGAUACACUCAUGCAGAACAACCUGUUCACUGGAAUCGACUGCACAAAGCAGAGUGUGGAGCUGCACAUGGAGACUAACACGCCAUUUGUGUGUGCACCAAAGGAACCAACAUGCUCUGGAAUGGCUAAAUCUGAAUUUGAUCAGGACUCAUGUCUAAAAAGCAUUGGGAAGGAUCUGCAGUAUUACUACAAAUUUCUUGCUGCUCAGCCAGACCCUGACACUUUACUCAGCCGUACUGUUCUGUUCAGCCUCAAAGAACUCAUGGAGAACUGCUUCACAUGGUCUCUUUCCGCAGACUUGGCCUCAAGGAAGGCUUCAGACAAGCUGAGCACCUACGAUGAAAGACUCAGCCUUUGCAAAGUUCUGAAGGGCUUCCAGGUCCGCACCAUCACCAUCAACAGAGUCAUCGGAUACAUGAACUCUGGUGAACACACUAAAUGAAUCCUUGAGCUCUAACAGAUCAGUAGUUUAGAAAGCUACAUACAGAACCAGUCUACAUAUAAAAUCCAGUGAACUAUAGUAACAGUUCAUGCUAUCUAAUUGUGACAGAAAACACUUUAGUCUAAUUUAUAACUUUUUACGGAUACAUUAUUUUUGUGUUUGUGAUUUAUAUUUAACAUCAGUGAUGUGCUAAAGUACCU